AUGCUGAUGAGACCCGUGACGACCAUGGCGCGGGCGCGCUAUUCUCGGAUCCUCCUCAGGCCAGCGACGAGAUCCUACGCGACCGCCGACAAGCCUCCUUCGGCUGUGGCCAACUUUUACAAGACUUUCACGCGGCCGACGCUGAAGGUCCUCCUCAUGGCGACACUGACAUACCAAAUCGCCUACCUGGCGUGGACCAAACUCGAGAUGGAUGAAAUCAAGGCGGAGCGAACACAAGAGGUCCAAACCCUCGAGGCACAAGUGGACGAGCUAAGGAAGGGACAGCAGAUGGAAAAGAAAUGA